ACUGGCCAAUCUUGAUCGUCCUCCCUUCUUGCCAUCUGGGGCUCUAGUUUGAACUGGCGUCGUAUCGUCAGAGGUGUGGUUUACUGCGAUGGGACUGGCCGGUCGGCCGCGCGACGCCACUAACGCGCCAGAGUCUGGCGACGCGGCCGCCCCAGCCUUCGGAGAGGUCGACUCCGCGCGGGCACUUGGUCGCUGCUGCGUUGUUCCAGGGAAACGAAGCCAUGGCUAAAGGCCCCACCGUCGAGAUGCAGCGCCCCGACGCAGCCCAUUCCGGCUCCUCGUUUGGCUGGGCCAGCGUCCGCCACAACGCCUGCAGCCUGUUCGGGGCCUCCGCCUUGGUCACCGUAGCCGCGCUGGGCACAUACUUGACCGUCGCCGUGCAUCCGGGCUUCCUGCCCAUUCUGGUCGUCCCGCUCUUAGUGCUGUGCCACGUGCUCGUCCACCCGAAGACUGCCAAGAGCUGCUACUUCGGCCCGCCGGUCAUCCGCUACGCCAUGCCCGAAGAAUUCUCCUACAAAAUCAUGGUGGCCAAGCCUCAGCCCAACUACAUGGCCAUCCCCGUCAGGAAGGCGGCACCGCCGCCUCAGGCGCCGAUCCGAGUGGCUACGAACCGCGGGGCGUACUGCGCCCCGAUAGUGCCCAGUUUCCAAGCCACUCCAACAGCCAUUGUUGUGAUGUAAGCCGAGAGGACAGGCUGCUCUCCCCUGUCUGCGCAAACUUUUCGGAUGGGUACGUUCGGCGUGAAAUGGUCUCAUCGGACACUGCUGACGUCUCCGGGCAGUGUCUUCUACUUUAGGCUCAAGGCUGCUUCACAGGCUUGCGACUGCUUACGACCGGAGAGGCUAAACCCCGGAUUUUUAGCAUGUCCGGUCGCGAGCAGUCGCAAGUGUGUUGAACCUGCCUUCACACGUCGUAAUAUGGCUUUCAUUGUGAUCCAACUUCAUAAUUCACUGACUUCACACUAUGUAAAUAGGUAUUUAUGGUGUACAUAACAAGGAGGUAUUUUUGUAUUAAUACAUUAAAUUCGUUUCUGACAUACUGCAA